GCGUCGCCAUGCUGGAAUCGGGCAAACGUUGCCAGCCAUUGAAAAUAAUCUGCCGUUUUAGUAUCGGCGGAGACCGGUCAGCAGGAGUGGGAGAUGGAAGACGGUUAAUUACAUUGUUUUUUGUUAACCAAUCAGUACCUAGCCUCAGCACGGUUGCCUAGCAUUGGAAGCAAGCGGGAAGUAUGGCGGCAGCAUCGGUUGCGGAGGUUUCCGCAACGAAGACUGAGGCGGUAAAGCCAUCCACGGGCGCUAGUCAAGGUUCUUUAAUUAAUUGGUCAGGCCAGGGUUUACAAAAACUAGGACCAACUUUAUCCUGUAAUGCAGACGUACAUACUUUGAUUUUGGAUAAAAAUCAGUUAAUUAAAUUGGAACACCUGGAAAACUAUAAGAACUUGAUGCAGUUGUCAGUAGCCAACAAUCGGCUAGUGCGGAUGAUGGGUGUAGCAAAACUUACUCAUCUUCGAGUGUUAAACUUGCCUCACAACAGUAUUGGUUACAUAGAGGGAUUGAAAGAGCUAAUGUACCUGGAGUGGCUGAAUCUGGCAGGAAACAACUUAAAGACUAUAGACCAGAUCAGUUGCUGCACAUCUCUUCAACAUCUUGAUAUGUCGGAUAACAAUAUAUCUCAAAUAGGAGAUAUCGCCAAACUUUCAUCUCUAAAGACUUUACUACUGCAUGGAAAUAUCAUAACAUCAUUGCGUUCAGCACCUUCUUGUUUACCUCAAAGCCUGACUAUUUUUUCAUUGGCAGAAAAUGAAAUUAGAGAUUUGAAUGAGAUUUCUUUCUUGACCUGUUUUCCUAAACUAGAGCAACUCUCAAUUAUGAACAAUCCUUGUGUGAUGGCAACACCUAACAUUCCGGGUUUUGAUUACCGACCAUUUAUUGUCAGUUGGUGUCUCAGUCUUAAAGUAAUUGAUGGGUAUGUGGUUUCUCAGAAAGAAAGCUUGAAAGCAGAAUGGCUUUAUAGUCAAGGAAAGGGAAGAUCAUUCCGACCAGGCCAGCACCUUCAGUUAGUACAAUAUUUGGCCAGUGUUUGUCCUCUUACUACUAUGUUUGGACUCCAAACAGCAGAGGAUGCCAAACUGGAAAAAAUACUACAUAAGCAAAGGUUGCAUCAAAGACAAUUGCUGUAUCAGAGCCAUGCUAAUGAGUCACCUGUAUCCUCAACUCUGAAUAAAGGGCUACCCAUUACUAAUGAGCCGAACAGUCCUGCCCAUGUACAACAAGAAAUGGCUGAAAGUGAACGUAUUAUUAAAAAGAAUACCUGGGUUGUGACAAAAUCCAAUGAUGACCAUUCUUAUGCAAUUAAAAAUAUUUCUCCAACUUCGGUACCAGCUGAAAAAAAUAUUUCUAAGGAUUUUUACUUGGAUGAUAUGCAAACUGACGAGGACAAGUUGAACAGUAGUCUCCUAUCUUCAGAAUCCACUUUUAUGCCUGUUGCUUCAGUGCUCUCUCCAAUGUCUCCCACUUCAGCAGAACUGAAACUUCAUGGAAUUGGCAUCGAUGUAGAGGAUGUUGAAGAUCUGGGGGAUGCUGAUUUGGAAUUUACAAAAGAUCUUAAUAUGCAAAACAAACAAAAGCAGAAAAAUGCUUCUGUGGUUUUGGAAAAGUAUACUCACAAGUCAGAAGACCUGGUAAAAACUCAAAAUGAAGAUCAAGAGGAGGAUAUUUUCCCCAUUGCUUCUUCUUUAGUGAGCACUGAUAUUCAACUUGAUGAUAUUAGCAGUUAUCAAGCAUCCCCUGAAGACAAUGUAAAGUUCAGUAACUUAAAGCAGUCAUCCUCACCAGAAGAGAAUGUUAUCAAAUAUGUUUCCGAUGCUAAUUCUCUAGAACUGUCCACCAAUGCAUCAGUUACUGUAACCCAGAAGAAAGAUGAACUUGUAGAAAUGAAUAAAGCUGCCACCAAACUUCAGGCCUGUUGGAGGGGAUUUUAUACAAGAACAUUCCAAUCCAGAGUCAGGGAAGCACGCUAUGAAAUUCGACUUAACAGAAUGCAAGAACAUAUUGUUCAUUUAACUGAAGAAGUUGAAAAGUUAAGAAAAGAAAAAAAUGAAGAGAUGCUUCAAAGACUUGUGCAAGAGGAAGCUGUCAAAUUUCUUUGGGAUCAGGUUAAAUCUAUCCAGGAAUGGCAGCUUUCAGUAAACCAACACCUAACUAAUAUCUGGAAAAAAGCUACUCCUGCAUUUGGCAUUCUGGGUCCACAUGAAUUAUUCAUACAGUCAUCUAAACCAAAUCAAGAACCUUCUCCUAUUGAUAGUUCAACUUGGUUAGGUUCAUCUUCUGAAAUGUGUCAUCAGAAAUGUUUACAGGCAUAUCCUGAUUCAGGUUUCCAUUCAUGUGUAUCAGACCAAAAUACCUUUAAUGAGUUGCAGAACUCUGAAAAACAUUUGACAGAAACAAAUGAAGGCUUUCUAGGAAAUUCUCUGCAAACAGUCAAGCCCUGUGAAGAUUCUCUUUCAGGAAGCCUUUCUGAUGCUGAGAUCCCAGUUGACCACAAGGACUAUUGUAAAGAGAGUUUGAACAACGAUCAGAACAAUACUCUUCUCAAAGAAUAUUUAAAAACUGUUGAAGAACUAGAUGAUUCUGAUGAAAAGAUAAAUUGCAGCAAUAGAACAGAAAGUUGUAAGACUCAUACAGCUUUUUCAUCAGAAGAAAAGGAUAUUUUAUGCAGUGCUGUUUUAGUCUCUCAGGAUGUGCUUCCAUUAGCAGAAGAAGAAAUGGAUGCAUUCGAUCUAAAUGAUAAAAUGGCAGAAAAAAAUACAAACUGUGAUUCUUCAUUGCAGACCCUUUCUGUUAGGCUAUCUGUAUAGCAAGUAUAAAUCUACAGAAAAAAAUGUAAAAGCCAUGUUAACAUUUUAUGUUGGACCAAUUUCUAUGCAUUUUGGAGACUCUGGGUCCCUUUGCUUUUAAAAAUGGUUUGUUAACAGCUUUGUUAAUCAUCUAACGUUAGACUUACACUCUAUUAAUUUAUGUAUAUCAAAAUAGGUUCAAAGAGACAUUGUAAAUUACAUUUCAUGUGGUUUGAUUGUAACAGAUUUUUUAUGAAAUAUAAUUUUGAAAACUCUUUAAGUUCUUUCUAUAUUGCUGUUAUCAUAGCUGAAGUAGUUGUUUUUUCCAAGGAAACAAAGCAUGCAUCCUUGUAAUAUUCAAAGAAAGAAAUAUAAAUAUUUAAUUUGACAAAUAAGGGUAGUAUACAAAACUUUAUAUUUGAAGGCACAACCCCUUAAAGCAGAUUUCAGGUUAAGGCAUUGAGGACAAAUGUUAGUUUUGCAUCCCUACAUGAUCUGAAAUAUUUUUGCCUUCCAAUCUGAAAUGCUAUUAGUCCCAAUGCUCACAUAACAUACAGUUAAUAAUAUAAGCAAGAUAGUGAUUGUCUGAAAAUAUGUGCUGAUACAUAGGUACUAAGUUGUAAGCUUGGAAAUUCUGGAAAUCUUGCUCCAUGUACAAAUCAUUUUGUUUAACAGUACAAGACAAUUUUCUCACCAAUACUCCAAACACUUUUUCUACAAAUGUGACUGUUGAAUUCAACACAGCCUAGUCCAGGGGUAGGCAACCUUGGCUCUUUUAUGACUCAUGGACUUCAACUCCCAGAAUUCCUGAAUCAGCAUAGAAUUCUGGGAGUUGAAGUCCAUGAGUCAUAAAAGAGCCCAGGUUGCCUACCCCUGGCCUAAUCCAACCUGUUAUCACAGAGGACUAUUUUUAUGAAGUCAUUUUUCUUUGUUUAAUUUGUUGGGACAGUGGGAAAUUUUUUUAAAAAAUGCAACAAAACCAGUCUGAAGAGGAGGGAGAAGAAUCAACCUUUCACACUAUGUUCUCAUAAUGAUAAGAAUAAUUUGCCUAUUUUGCCAAGGUCAGAAUAUGUAUAAAAACAGUACAUACUCAAUUUUAUAUUGUACCUAAGUAACAAAAAUGAGAGGGUUUUCUUAAAUAAUAGAUCAGCAUUAUAUGGCCAUGGCUGCUAAAACUAUACAGAAUAAUUGUUUAAUAACAUUACCUGCUUGAUAGAUUGCUGAGACAUAGAAGCAAGUGGUCAUGUUUUCUAGAUGCUUACGGAGGAAUGGCUGCUAAACAUAUUGCCCUACUUUAAUAUAAAUUAACAAUAUUCUGGCAUUCAUGGAGAAUGCCUACAUUCUACCGCUUCACCAUAUAAUGAUAAAGAAAACAAUUCUUCUUUACAGACUCCACUGUUUCUAUCAAUAAAUGUUUUGUAUGUUUUCUUUACUAAUAAUUAAUAGUUAUUGUCAAUAAUAAAUAUUUUUCUAUUCAUAAAUUCCAGAAUAUUUAAAAGUUGUAACUUUUCUCCCAGUAUUACUUAAGUAUAUAGUCGAGUAUAUAUUGUUCUUGGCUUAAUGAGUCAUUUGCAAAUAUUGCAUUGAGAAAUUAUUUUGCCAAAUACAGGAAUAGGUUUGUUGUGUCAAAUUUAACUUCAGCUUGGUGCUGUUUUGGAAUUCAAGAGUUUAUGUUUCCAAUCUUUAAUUAGAAAACAAAAGUAGAAAAAAAUGUUUUAACUGAAGCAUUGCUUAAGAGAUCUUGAAUUUUAUCACAACUAUAUAUUUCGGUCAUUCAUAUUCCAUUUCUUUAAAAAUCCAUUGUAAAGUGUUAUAGAAUGCAUGUACUGUAUGUAUACAAUAUAUACAUGCUCAAUAUGUACAUGUUCUAGUAUAUAUUGGUCAUAGUGCUAUAAAAUUAAUGUCUGUGCUAAAGCAGCAUAAAACCAAUGCACUGUUUAAAUUUGUUAUAGAGACAAGUAGUUAAAAGUUUAUUCUUUUUGUAGGGAGAAAUCUAAAAAUACAAUUUUUAAAGUAUUACAGAUAUAUUCUUUAGAAAAUACUAUUUUAGAAAAUACUAAUUAAACGCGUACUUAAAUAUACUUAUUUCAUCUCUUGUUUCUGUUGAACUUCAUAUCUGUCUUUAUAAAACUCAGUAUUUGUAUUAGUUAUAAACAGUAUGUUCGUGUACACUUACAUUGUAGCUGGCUUAGUAUUUGUCUUUCAUAUAGAAAUGGCUAGGGCUCCAUAGUUGGAGUUUUGGAGGGUGCAAAAAAAUGGUUCAAUUAAGCAAAAUUAUUAAUUUUGUGUUGUAAUACAGGAUAUUUUUUUUUCUGUUGUGAGUAAAAAAUUGUGAAGUUAAGAGGAAUGCAUUGUGAUUGUGAGGAAAUUGCUUCCUGUGUUUUGAUGUAGGUAUUGAUACUUAGGUAUAUAUUGCUGCAAUACAUUUUUAAAAAAUAAUGAAAAAACCUACAUCUUUUGCAAGUUCAUGAGUCCAAUUUUCAAAGAAGCUUCCAAAUGAUCAUAUUGUGUUUAUUUAUAACAGUGGAGCUUCAAAAGCCACAUACACAAAGCCUUUGUUUAUUCAUUAUUAAUGUGUAAAAUCAAAAAUUUAACACCCAUAUCAUUUGAAUAAGUACAUGUGUAUAAGCUUUCUCAGCUUUUACAUAUUGCAUAAUAUACUGCAUAGAUACAUUGCUUGCAUAGGAUAUAAACAUUUGUUACGAGAUUUUGAUUACUUGUGAUAUUUUAUUGGUUUCUUACUGGAUACAUAAGAGAGAAAGUUGAUGCAUUACUUUAAAAAAGUUAAAUUUAUAUACUGAAAACAUAUUCUGAGAUAAAUGAAUUAACAUUCAUUGCCUCGAUUUACACAUAACAUUGUUAUAGUUUGGUUUGUUUAGUUUCAGAUUUGCGUAUUUGGGAAUUCAUUGUUUGUACACAUUUUAGAACUUAGCAUGACAAGUGAAUAAAGCAAAUUAAACUUUUUUAAAGACUUUUUUGACGAGCAUGACCCAUGAGCCCUUUUAUUGAAAUAAGCAACAGGAAAGGAAUAAGGAAUAAGUGGAGAAGAGGAACACAUUUUUCAGAUCUCCUGUUUCUGUUAUAUACCCUAUAUGUCUAAAUACUCAAUUCUGCUUCUCUGAUUCAUAAUAAAGAGUGGAAAUGGAAAACUUUCUUCCUAUCAACUAGCAAAGAAGUCAAGACAAUGUAGUAGUAUAAACCAUGGUAUGUAAUGUAUUCCGAGUCGGAUGCUUUUUCCAAGUAUAUCCUCUCUUUAGGGAAGCUUUUAAGUGGAAUCGAAACCUGGUCUUGAUCUGCUGAUGCAAGAGAAACCACUUUUUCUCUUGUAACUAUCCCAAAUCUGAAUUAUAGACUGUUCAUUUUUUUUAGGAAUAAUAAACCAACUCCUAUUUUUUUUUAAAAAAUAAUUGUUUAUUAAAUUGUAUUUUUUAAUUUCAUUUUCCUCUAAAUAAUUCUUUACUUGUAAUUACUGUUAUAUGAAGAAGCUGGUAUUUAUUGCUUCUGUGUGUUUGCAGUCUGUAAAUAUAAAUCUUUCAGAUUCAAUAUUUUGGCUUUAAUCUUUAAUGUAAGAGAUUUUUUUACUGAGAUCAGUGAAUUCUACUUUUACAUAAGCACAAUUUUAUUAUCUUUAAUAUAAAUUUGGCUAAAUCUGAAAAUAAAAAUAUGGCCUUAUUAAUUUCAGAUCAAUCAGUAUUGAUAAAGUGAUCAUUGUAUAUAAAUUAGGUAAAUUCCAUAUGACCUCUGCAAAGCCAUAUACUAUAAACUAAUGCUGUUACCAAAUUUAAAAGCUUCCAGGUCAUUGUCAAAAAGAGAAGAGGAGUAAUACUAAGGGAAAAAACACUCUUAAAAAGAUAUUAUUUAAAAAAAUGUCUUGAAAAGGUCUCUAGACUGCAAAUAGGCAACAUGAUUUCAUACUUGAUCAUGGUAUUUUGCUCAGCCAGAAACCUAUUGACAGAAAACUUAAUCUGACUGUAAUAUAGUUUUUAUAAUCUGGAUUAAAAAUAUAAUCUGCAUGCUUCAAUUUUUGAAAAUUUGCAUUUGGGAAUAAUUUAUUUUGAUGUAAUAAAGUAUUCUGAAUUAUGA